AGCGUUGUUGACAUCCCUGAAGGCUGCGGCGCCGGACUGAGCCCGGAGUCUCGCUGAUCGCGCCAUGACAGAGGUGGAGGAAACCCUAAAGCGGAUCCAGAGCCACAAAGGGGUUAUUGGAACUAUGGUUGUAAAUGCAGAAGGAAUUCCAAUCCGGACAACCUUGGACAACUCGACCACAGUCCAGUACGCAGGUCUCCUCCAUCAGCUCACGAUGAAAGCCAGGAGCACGGUCCGCGACAUCGACCCCCAGAACGACCUAACUUUCCUCAGGAUCAGAUCAAAGAAACAUGAAAUCAUGGUAGCUCCAGAUAAGGAGUAUCUUCUGAUCGUCAUUCAGAAUCCGUGUGAAUAGACCUGCCGUGGCAGCCGAGGCAGCCCUGGUGACACUGCGCUGGAAACACUUCACUAUCUGAUGAUUAUUAAAUUACACUCCCACCCACCUGACCCUCUGGACAUUCUUUUCUAUGUUUACCUUUAAAUCGUUCUACAGGUCCCAUUUAGUCCCUUUUGAUUAUAUGGUGAAGUUGUACUUUUGCUAUGUAAUAAAUGAAU